AGACAUAAAUCCUCCAUUCAAAAUCUUCAGAGAUCAUUUCGUGGAGCUUAGUCUCUGGCUCUCUGCACACCCAAUCCAACCGAACCCUUACAAUGUUAGGUUAUGUCUCUGAUUCAAUCGAAACUUCAUAUUCCCAAUUCCUCCCCUUUCCCUUCCUGCAAUGAAUCCAAUCAAUCUCACACAGACCACAGACAUUGAUUCGCCAAUGGUGAUUAUUCACGAUAUCAACGACUGUGCGGUGUUCCCUCCAAUCAACCAUGAAAAUCUCUCAAAUCAAGACACCCCACAAUCCCCUUCUCCUCCUCCUUCAUCGUCGUCCUCUUCCUCAUGCUUGACAACUGAUUCUGACACAUGGGUCGAUCCCCAUGUCCGGAAAGGCGGUGACUUUACCGGGUGGGUGAGCUUCGGGUUCCAGUUCUUGCGCUCCAAGCUUUCCUCCUUCUGGAAUCGAGGGGCAGCAUUUUGGUUAAUUGGGUGGCUGCCUGCUGCAGCGGUUGUGUUCUCAUGCUGGAUCCUCGUGAUGAUGGCUAAGAAGAACAGAAGAAGAAGGAGGAGCCUCACCCCAAAUGAAACUCGUCUCAUCAACAUCAUCACGGAGAAAGAUGGGAGAAUUGCUCAACUCUUGAACCAGAUUGCACAGAUGAAUGAAAUACUAAUAGCUCGCCACAAGGCUUUGGCUGCAAAAGUGGUGGAAUGAAUGGCUAAGGGUUGUGAAUUGUGCUAGUUAGGUUGUAAACUGACAACAGAGCUAAUUGUGAUUCUUUGCACAUGUUCCUGCCACAACAGAGUGAUCAAAUAUGUACUUGGAAGCGGCAUCUCGAACACGACUAAAUGAUGGCUGAUGAAUGAAGUGCCGAAGUCCUCAUGAUUCACGAAUGACUCAUUUAGCAGGGAACCACAGAACUUAUGCAAGCAAGCCUCCGGAGCACUAUCUAACUGUACUGUUGUUAGUUAGAUAACUAGUUCUUUGUGCUCAAAUAUAUAUUGUCCGGAGCACAUGUUGCAUUUGUUCAAGCCCACAAAAGUUAACUUAAUGUGGAAAUCGUAUUUGGUUUAGCUUUAGGAAAGUCCCAAACUUGUUUUGUUUCUGCAAAAACUGCCAGCUUUUGUAACCUUAAAAUUAUGGUUCAGGCAAACGUCCAUUCUCAGUAGCAUCAAGUUUUUGUUAGGUGAGAGGCUUUGGUUCCUUUAACAUAUGAUUUUCUGUUCGAUCA